AUGUCCCGGUGUGAAGCGUUGUGUCCCGGUGUUGUCAAGCCACAUGAGGAUUCGUCAAAGGACAAAAAACCCUGCGCCAAAUCACAAGGUGGACAACCCAAACAACAGCCAGAACCAUCGAGGAAUCCUAAACCGUGUGAUGAAGCAAAAGGAUGUCCAAACAAACCCCAAAUACAACCACCAAAAAAACACGAGGACCCAAAACACCAAGCAGUAAAACCAAAGGACUCAAAACUUUGGGAUAAAUCUGGUGGUAAACACGACGUUCAAACACCUAAGAAACAAGAUGGACCCAAGAAACAGGAUGAACUAAAACAAAAGGCACAAGAUGGAAAACAAAAGAAACCUUGCUCUAAAUCUGGUGGACAGCCACCCAAUAACUCCAAAGGUGAAUCGCCCAAGAAACAGGAGAGUCCAAAGAAAUCCGAAGGUCAACCACCCAAAAAGCAUGAGAGGUCAAAGAAAUCCGAAGGCCAACCACCCAAGAAACAUGAGAGUCCUGUGAAACCCCGUCUACCUAAAAAACAUGACGACCCAAAGAAAUCUCAUGAACAAUCGCCCAAGAAACAUGAUGGUCCCAAGAAAGACGUUGGACCCAAAAAACACGACGAACCAAAACAUAAAGCAUUAGAUGGGAAACAAAAGAAACCUGGACAGCCACCCAAUAACUCCAAAGGUGAUUCGCCCAAAAAACAGGAGAGUCCAAAGAAAUCCGAAGGUCAACCACCCAAUAAGCAUGAGAGGUCAAAGAAAUCCGAAGGCCAACCACCCAAGAAACAUGAGAGUCCUGUGAAACCCCGUCUACCUAAAAAACGUGACGACCCAAAGAAAUCUCAUGAACAAUCGCCCAAGAAACAUGAUGGUCCCAAGAAAGACGUUGGACCCAAAAAACAUGACGAACCAAAACAUAAAGCAUUAGAUGGGAAACAAAAGAAACCUGGACAGCCACCCAAUAACUCCAAAGGUGAAUCGCCCAAGAAACAGGAGAGUCCAAAGAAAUCCGAAGGUCAACCACCCAAAAAACAUGAGGGUCCAAAGAAAUCCGAAGGCCAAUCACCCAAGAAACAUGAGAGUCCUGUGAAACCCCGUCUACCUAAGAAACAUGACGACCCAAAGAAAUCUCAUGAACAAUCGCCGAAGAAACAUGAUGGUCCCAAGAAAGACGUUGGACCCAAAAAACACGACGAACCAAAACAUAAAGGAUUAGAUGGAAAACAAAAGAAACCUUGCUCUAAAUCUGAUGGACAGCCACCCAAGAACCUCGAAGGUCAACCGCCCAAGAAACAUGAGAUUCCUAAGAAACACCCUGUGCAGCCACCCAAGAAACAUGAGGUUCCUAUGAAACACCCUGUGCAGCCACCCAAGAAACAUGAGGUUCCUAUGAAACACCCUGUGCAGCCACCCAAGAAACAUGAGGUUCCUAUGAAACACCCUGUGCAGCCACCCAAGAAACAUGAGGUUCCUAUGAAACACCCUGUGCAGCCACCCAAGAAACAUGAGGUUCCUAUGAAACACCCUGUGCAGCCACCCAAGAAACAUGAGGUUCCUAAGAAACAUCCUGUACAGCCACCCAAGAAACAUGAGAGUAAUAAGAAACAACCUGUACAGCCACCCAAGAAACACGAGGUUCCGAAGGAACGUCCUGCACAGCCACCCAAAAAACAUGAGAUUCCUAAAAAACACCCCAUACCACCACCAAAGAAACAUGAGAGUAGUAAGAAACACCCUGUAUCGCCACCCAAGAAACACGAGGUCCCUAAGAAUCAUCCUGUACAGCCACCCAAGAAACAUGAGAGUACUAAGAAACACCCUAUACAGCCACCCAAGAAACAUGAGAGUAAUAAGAAACACCCUGUGCAACCACCCAAGAAACAUGAGGUUCCUAAGAAACACCCUGAGCAGCCACCCAAGAAACAUGAGGUUCCUAAGAAACACCCUGUGCAGCCACCCAAGAAACAUGAGGUUCCUAAGAAACAUCCUGUACAGCCACCCAAAAAACAUGAGAGUAAUAAGAAACACCCUCUGCAGCCACCCAAGAAACAUGAGAGUAAUAAGAAACACCAUGUGCAACCACCCAAGAAACAUGAGGGUUCUAAGAAACACCCUGUGCAGCCACCCAAGAAACAUGAGGUUCCCAAGAAACAUCCUGUACAGCCACCUAAGAAACACGAGGUUCCGAAGGAACGUCCUGCACAGCCACCCAAGAAACAUGAGAGUAAUAAGAAACACCCUGUACAGCCACCCAAGAAACAUGAUAUUCCUAAGAAACACCCUGUGCAGCCACCCAAGAAACAUGAGGUUCCUAAGAAACACCAUGUACAGCCACCCAAGAAACAUGAGAGUAAUAAGAAACAUCCUGUGCAGCCACCCAAGAAACACGAGGUUCCUAAGAAACAUCCUGUACAGCCACCCAAGAAACAUGAGAGUAAUAAGAAACACCCUGUACAGCCACCCAAGAAACAUGAUAUUCCUAAGAAACACCCUGUGCAGCCACCCAAGAAACAUGAGGUUCCUAAGAAACACCAUGUACAGCCACCCAAGAAACAUGAGAGUAAUAAGAAACUUCCUGUGCAGCCACCCAAGAAACACGAGGUUCCUAAGAAACAUCCUGUACAGCCACCCAAGAAACAUGAGAGUAAUAAGAAACACCCUGUACAGCCACCCAAGAAACAUGAUAUUCCUAAGAAACACCCUGUGCAGCCACCCAAGAAACAUGAGGUUCCUAAGAAACACCAUGUACAGCCACCCAAGAAACAUGAGAGUAAUAAGAAACUCCCUGUUCAGCCACCCAAGAAACACGAGGUUCCGAAGGAACGUCCUGCACAGUCACCCAAGAAACAUGAGAUUGCUAAGAAACUCCCUAUACAGCCACCCAACAAACAUGAGGUUCCGAAGGAACGUCCUGCUCAGCCACCCAAGAAACAUGAGAUUCCUAAGAAACACCCUCUACAGCCACUCAAGAAACAUGAGAAUCCGAAGGCACGUCCUGCACAGCCACCAAAGAAACAGGAUGGCCCUCAGAAACCCGAAGAUCAUCCAUCCGAGAAACAUAAUGGAGCUAAGAAACAACCAGGCACCAAACAACGACCUGAAGAUCUACAGCGAGGCAAUAACCAACCAAUUGGUCAGCAGCCAGACGUUCAAAAACUAGAUUCCCAAAGACUCGACAGAUCAACUUCUAGCUCUACAGUCAGUGAAAGCGGUAGCAACAGUUUCUCUAAGAAGAAGAGCUCACAGAAUUCUGGUGCUAAACAAUGGAGUGAAAAUAAAAGUGAAGUUACUGUAGAUGAAGAAGAAAAAAGCAACCCUAGAAGGACAUCGCCUAAUGGUAAACAACCAGGCAGUCAAAAACAAGGUAAAAAAACUACAAGCUCUACAGUCAGUGAAAGCGGUAGUAACAGUUUCUCUAAGAAGAAGAGUUCACAGAAAGCUGGUGCUAAACAAUGGAGUGAAAAUAAAAGUGAAGUUACUGUAGAUGAAGAAGAAAAAAGCAACCCAAGGACAUCGCCUGAUGGUAAACAACCAGGCAGUCAAAAACAAGGUAAAAAAACUACUAGCUCUACAAUCAGUGAAAGCGGUAGCAACAGUUUCUCUAAGAAGAAGAGUUCACAGAAUGCUGGUGCUCAACAAUGGAGUGAAAAUAAAACUGGAGUGAUUCUAGAUGAAGAAGAAAGAGGCAUCCCUGAUGGAGCAUCGCGUGAUGGUCGAGAACCAAAAAAUCAGCAGCCAGGCAAUGGAAAACCGAAUGGUCAACAACCAAGCAGUCAACAACAAGGCAAAUCAACUACAAGCUACACAGAAAAUCGAAUGGACAGUAACGCUUUUGUUAAGCAGCAAACUUCACAGUUCACAGGUGCUAUACAAUGGAGUGAAAAUAAAAAUGGAAUGAUCGUAGAUGAAGGAACUUUGCCUGAUAAUAAACAACCAGAAAAGCCAUCAGGUACGAAACAACCAAUAGAAUCAACAAUAACUUAUACAAAAUCUGACACUGGAAGCAAUUACAACUAUGCCCAGAGUUUACAGGAAACUGACAGUAAGACCAGAAGUCAAAUCAAGAGUGAGUCAACAACUAACACUCAAAAUGGAGGAUUACCAGCCAGUAAGCCAGAACAAUCACCAAGCAAUAAGCCAAAGCGAUCACCAGGCAUCAUACCAAAAGGAUCACCAGCGCCUAAACCAGUGCGAUCACCCAGCAAUAAGCCAGAAAAUCCGCAAGGCAUUAUACCAAAAGGAUCAUCAGGCACUAAACCAGUGCAAUCGCCAGCCAAUAAGCCAGAAAGUUCGCCAGGCAUUAUACCAAAAGGAUCAUCAGGCACUAAACCAGUGCAAUCACCAGGCAAUAAGCCAGAAAGUUCGCCAGAUAAUAUACCGAAAGGAUCAUCAGGCACUAAACCAGUGCAAUCACCAAGCAAAAAGCCAGAAAAUUCGCCAGGCAUUAUACCAAAAGGAUCAUCAUGCACUAAACAACCAAAGACUCCAAAAUGGAUACCAAAACACGGGUUGCCUGGUUCAACUAUUCCAGAAAAGGAUGACCAACGCGUCACAUCCAAGAGUCAUACAAACUUACCAGGACGAGCCAAGAUUUGUAUCUGCUUCUCAAGUUACGCAGAGAUGCCAGAAGAACUUAAAAAGCGAUUCAUAGGAAACUAG